UCAUACACAGGGAUGCUGAGACGGGACUGAGGCUAUCGCCAAGGUCACUUAGGUCAGAGAGAACCUGUCAAAGUCAGGCUGGGAGUUCAAGUUCGUCCACUCCCAACCUAACUCCAUCAUCAUCGUUGAUAAUUUAUUUCAGUCAUUGCCCAACUCUUCCUGAUCAUUGGGGUUUUAUUGUUUGUUUUUUUGGCAAAGACACUGGAAUGGUUUACCAUUGCCCUCUCCAGCUCCUGAUACAGAUGAGGAAACUGAGGCAAACCAAGUUAAGUGACUUGCCUAGGGUCAUACAAUUAUUGUAUGACCUGGACACUACCGCUCAAUAGAUAAGGAAACGGAGACAAUUAACACAAGUCUCUCCGAGGAUUUUAGACUUAACUGCUGAAAAGGACCUUGGAGAUAAUCAAAAGGUCAAGAAGAAAGAAGACUGAGGAAAAGGGCAUUGGUAACUUUAGAGAGAAGAGUUUUAGGAGAAGGACAAUCCCACAUUGACGUCCACAGGAUCACCAUUUCAUUUGCCCUUCUUCACUUUCGGGAACAUCUGGGACAUCGGGUUCUGAGGUCCACUAUUAGUCUUCGGAUCCCCAGCUUCUCAGUGCUCCUCCCCCAGGGCUGACAGGAGGCCAAGGGGCUUAGCGGUGCAUGGUCUGGGCAGCCAGCCCUCCAGCCCUGAGGAGGCCAUCAUGCCCAACCUACCUGGAGAUGAAGAGCAGCCAGGAGAGCCACAGCCCGCCCCGAGCCCUGCUGUCGAAGCCUCUCCAGUUGAAAAGACUGCAUGCCCAACACCUUCUAUUGUUCUGCCUGGAGAUGAGGAUGCCCUCACGCCAGAUGUAGAGAAUGAUAAAAAUCUGGUGAGCAGACCACGCAGCCCUCGUCACAGGCUUUCUAACCGACACAUGAAGGCUUCCCUUACAUCCCUGACAUCUGUGGACAACGCAGGCCAUAUCAUCCAUCUGGUGAACGACCAACUGCCAGACAUCAAAAUCUCAGAGGAAGAUAAGAAGAGGAACCUUGAGCUCCUAGAAGAAGCUAAGAAAGUGAGUGAGCGUUUCCUGACCAGGAGAGGCCGAAAGUCCAGGAGCAGCCUGCCCGAUUCCCCUUCAGCCAUUUCCCCAAACCCCAGUCCUGGGGCUUCUCCUGCAGUGUCCCGGAGCAACUCUCUCAGCAGCCCGCCCUCACCACCAGGUUCUGAAGUGUGUGCUGCCCCAAUCCCUGGGCCAGGAUCUCCACUACAGAAAGGAGAUGAACCAUCAUUCCACCUUGAUCUACCUAAUGCCACCAAGGGGCUAACAGACCGGAAGCAGAAUGACCAAAGGAAGGUGUCUCAGGGACGAUUGGCUCCUCGCUCCCCCAGUGCUGAGAAAUCCAAAGAGACAUUAUCUGAACAAAAAGAAAAUUUUGAUCCCCUUAAACACGUAGAGAACAGUUCACCCAAGGUCCUGGCUUCUGGCAGCGGUGGAGGGAAAAUGUCCCUCAACAGUCCCACAGGUGCUGGAGAAAAAGACCCAGGGAAGCAGCUUCUUAAGAAGCCCAAGGAAAGUGACCAUCUCCUAAAAGGUCAACUCCAGGGCCCAGGGACAACCCCCCAGGGACCCCAGGGAAAAGGUCCAGCCUGGGAACCACCCAACUCCAAGACUCCCUCAAAAGCUGACCUCAAACCUCCGGGAGUCCGACCCCCUCUACAGCGGGGGGUGUCCUGGGACAGUGGCCCCAUGGAACUGGGGCCAAAGGACAAGGCCAUCGCCAAACUGGCAGUGGCAGAGGAAGAGAAACGUUUUCCAGGCAAAGCUGCCAACAAGCUCCCCAAAUCAUCAGGAUUCAAGGACUUUCAGAUCCAGGUUCAACCUGUGAGAAUGCAGAAACUGACCAAGCUCCGAGAGGAACACAUCCUAAUGAGGAGUCAGAACCUGGUUGGCCUGAAACUUCCAGAUCUCAGUGAAGCUGUGGAACAAGAGAGAGGGCACCCCUCUGAGCUGUCCCCCGGCAUUGAAGAGGAAGAGUCCAAGAGUGGCUGUGACGUCAUGCCCAACAUCUCUGAUGUGUUGCUACAUAAAUUACGAGUUCAUAAGGCUCUCCCUGGCAGUGCUCCUCCACUUACCGAAAAGGAAGUCGAGAAUGUGUUUGUACAACUGUCCUUGGCCUUUCGAAAUGAUAGCUACACCCUGGAGGCGAGAAUUAACCAGGCUGAGAGGGAAAGGAACCUGACAGAAGAGAAUACUGAGAAAGAGCUGAACAACUUUAAAGCUUCUAUCACGUCCUCAGCAUCCCUCUGGCAGACCUGUGAACACCGAGAGACCUACGAGAAGUUGUUGGAAGACAUCGCUGUGCUGCAUCGCUUGGCCGCUCGCCUCUCCAGCCGGGCUGAAAUGGUUGGGGCAGUCCGCCAGGAAAAGCGGAUGUCAAAGGCUGCAGAAGUGAUGAUGCAGUAUGUAGAGAAUCUGAAGAGAACGUAUGAGAAGGACCACGCCGAGCUCAUGGAGUUUAAGAAACUAGCAAACCAGAAUUCAAGUCGAAGCUACGGCCCCUCUGAGGAUGGAGUCCCUCGAGCCACCAGGUCCAUGUCUCUCACCCUGGGAAAGAACAUGCCCCGUCGGAGAGUCAGUGUGGCUGUGGUUCCCAAAUUUAAUGCUCUGAAUAUUCCUGGCCAGUCUCCCAGUACCUCACCAAUACCAUCCCUACCAUCCCUGGCUGAAACAACAAAUGGGAAAGGAAACCCCUCCGCUUCCCUGGCUCCAUCUGCACUCUUAGAGAAUGGGAAGUCCAGUGGGGACCAAGACUGUGAGGGUCCUACCCCCAGCGCUCCACCUGCCCUCACCCAGAGUGGUUUUGAGGAGAUAAGCCAAGAGAUCAAGGCCAAAAUCGAGGAGGAGGCAUAUAACAAAGGGUAUCAAGAAGGUCUAAAGAAAACCAAAGAACUUCAGGAACUGAAAGAAGAGGAAGAAGAGAAGACAAAUGAAAGCCUCGAAGGGCCAGAAAGUGAGGAUGAGGAAAAAGAAUUAAAAAACAGCAAACUUGAAGCCUUGAUUCAUUUUUUACAAAUACUCUACCCCAAGCUGUGCCAACAUUGGAACGUGAUUUGGAUGGUGGCCGCAGCCAUUCUUGUUUUCACAGUCGUGUUGGGUCUAUACAACUCCUAUCACUCUUGCGCCGAACUGUCGGAGGGGACAUCUGGAAAAGCCACUUGUUCUGCCUCCCAACGGGACACCUGGUGGAGCUCAGGACUACAACAGGAGCAGCCCACAGAGCAAUAGAGGAUGCCCGAACACCCCACUGGUGGGUGGCCCUGCUCAAACAUGCCUAGCAUGCCACCAUUUUCCAGUUGUUAAAUGCAGUUAGGGACACAGGUGUGUUCAAGAUUUGACAUCCCUGCCACCGCAGUCUGGGAGUGAGAUGGGGUGCUUUUCACUCACUGUGACUGAUGGUGUAUGAUGUCCCAACGAAACUGUCCAGAGGAGAGGUCAAGGUGGAGAGAGAUGACAAUUUCCCCAAGGAAUUGUCUCUUUUUGAAGAUUUCUUAGCUCCAGCAACUAUGGGAGAAGGGCCAGCCUGCCUUUAUUGAAGGUCACGCAUGGAGCUGAGUCUUCUCCCUCUUUUCUAGGCUCUGAAUGGUUGUCUGGGGCACCAUCAGCCUGGUGGCCUUAAUGUCAAACCUGGAGGUAGCAGUAAGAACAUUGGACUGGGAGUCUGAAAACCUGGAUUCUCUUCCCAGUUCUGUUACUAAUUAGCUACAUGACCUUAAGCAAGUCAUUUUCCCUGAGCCUUUCAUUCUCUGUAAAGUGAGAGGGUUAGUAUAAAGGCUUUCUAAGGUCCCUUCCAGCUCUGACAUGCUAUGCUUGCUCCAGCUUUUGGUCUUGGCACCACACUGAAUCUGUACACUUACCCCCCCACCCCAGCCUGUCUCCCCAUGUUUUCUUCCUCCUAAAGUUGCUUUUCAUAAGAGUGGAAGUGGUUUGUUUUUUUCCCCAGAAAGUCAUCUAUAUUGUAUUUAUCUCAAAACUCAAAAGGAAACAGGAAAUAAAAUAUAAAAAUGCCACUGCAUACACACACACACAUACACACCCACGCACACACAAAAUGGCGAAUCUAUGCCUUUGGAGGGGGCCCCUGCUAUCUCUAUCAUGAAGGUCAUUCUCCUAUAGAUAAAUUAUCAAGUGUGCAGCAGUAACUGAUAAUCUAUUUACUGUGUGAUGUAAACCGGUUUUAUUUUUUUCAAGGUAUCAAAAACCCACUGACUUGCUAAGAAUUUUUCAUCACUGGACACCGCCCAAAGGUCACCCCCUUUAUUUGUGAUUUUUAUUGUACCUUUGAAAAUAACUUAUCCACUUCCUUUAGUAGAAAAUUCACAGGGAGGAAGGCAUCACAGCAGAUCCCUGGUUUGAGGAAAUGCAUCUUCAGCCUCAUAUACCUAACAUGCAUCAUCCUAGGGGCUCAGUUGGAGCAGUACCCCAAACUCUAGGAGAGAAUAAUCUGGAAAUUUUUUAGCAGUAGGUCUGUAAGGAUCUAAGAGACACUCUUAUUCUUCCCACCUAGGGAGGUCUCAUCACAUUGGGUUGAAGAUGGAGAUGCAACAAUUAAUGUUCCCUACCCCAGGAUUUUUGCUCCACCUUCCUUCCCUGACUCCAAUAACGUCCCUGAAGCCAGUUCUACCUUCUUUGACUUCAAUCUUGGCAACAAACCAUACAUAAGAAAAGAAAUAUCUCCUUUGGUAACCUCAUUUUUCUUCCUUUGAUGUUUCUCCAUCUCUUUUUAUGGGAGAGGGGACAGAAGACUCCAGAAGUUAGUUUUGUUUCCAAGUUAGAGAAUGGUUUGGUUUGAUAGUUCAGCUUUAACAGAACCCAGCUGUGCCAAGCCCCAUUUAUGCUACCCCACUCUACCCCUAGCUGCUUUCUGUGGGCCAUCCUGAAUAAUGGCUGAAAAACCAGCUGAAAGAUGAAGCCAAAGGUUGAUGGACCAAGGAUGUAUCAAAAGGUCAAAGAGGAUGCAGGACAGUUCAAAGGAAUAUGACCACAAGGCAAGGCCUCCAGGGUUAAAAUCAGAGUAUCCAUAUAUGUCAGGGAUACUAGGGUGAAUUUCUUCAAUAUGGGUUCCUAAUCCUGAGUCCAAGCAAGAAAAGAUAGGUCCGGGAUGCCUCAGUGUCCCCUCUUGGAGCUCAGAAGGAGGCCUUUGCCAUUGGUCCCUGGAAAGCAGGAAGCCAGAGAAAAAGAUGAAAGAUUCCUAAAUCCAGGCAACCACUACACAUGAUGGGGCCAUGUUUCAGUGAGUGAGGACACAUGAAAUAAGUAUUCCUAACCCCAUCUUUUAUCCAAAAUCAGGAGCCUCACAAAAAGAUGGAAAACCGAGAGGAAUUUACCUUGCCCAUGUUUCAGACAAAACCAGAGCCAUCACAAAAGAGAAGGGAAACAGAAAGGGAUUCACCUGGCCCAACUUUCAGACAAAGCCAGAAUCCUCACUGACAAAAGAGAAGGAUAAAAAGCAAGAUACUUCCAAAAAGGCUUGAAGGACACAAUACAGUGACAGGGGAAAGCCAUGAGCAAUGACCCCCAUUUAUAGGUUUUCUGAAACCAUUCUCUAACCUGAUGCAGUGAAAGCAGGAAAGGCCAUAUACAUAAUCAAGGAACUGGUAUAAACCCAUCUGAGGACAAGAUAAAGGUUCCUAUUAAUAAUAAUCAUAGUUGACAUUUCUAUGGCAUCUUAAGUUUGGCAACAUUCUUCUAUUCUCUUAAUUGAGCCUCAGAACAAACCCUGCAAGGUAAAGUUCUCCAGGUAAUGUUAUCUCCAUUUUCGAGGUGAGGAAAUGGUCUGGGGGAGGCUUAAUAAAAGAUUUGUAGGAAAAGAAUCUUAUGAUAUUGGCAUUCACUUUGGCCUCCCUCAAAAGGAAAUGACUUCUUCUCUCAUGUGAGAGUAUAACAGAUGAGCAUUAGUUCCUGGGUUCCUUUUGCUCUUCCUAGAUAGCCAUGAUCUUGACGCACAAAUGGGUGUCCUUCUGCUCUAAGGGAGUGAUAUAUAUAUAUAUAUAUAUAUAUAUAUAUAUAUAUAUAUAUAUAUUCACACACACACAGUGCUGUGCCUCAUGGCUGCCCAAAUGGGAAAGACUGGUUGGGGGCUCUGGUUUGGUGCACCUUGCUAUUUAAAUCCUAAGCAUCUUUAAAUCCACAUAGGUGUGCCAGCCUUUUUCUGAAUAGUGUCACAUACUUGAGUUUGAAAAUAAAAGUAGUUCCCAAAGUUC